GAAAGCAAAGUCACACAACUCUUUUCAAUUUCAAAACAGUGAAGGCAAAUAAAUGACAAUUAUUUAGAGCCUUUGGUUGCCAAAAGCGUGUCAUUUUACCAAUUUAAAGGCAUAUCCACAUGGCCACAUUACAAUUCACAUGCUGAGCGUCCCCCUUGUUGUGCCAUCGACCUAUAUAAAUGUCCUUUGGUUGAUGCUCAUUGCUCACCAAAUUUAUUCUCACUUCUCACAGAGAAAAAAGUAAAACACAAAAAGCUAGCCAUGGCUGCUCUUCCUUGUUCAAAAACCAAGUCCUUUCGAUCAACUAGUUUGCCCAUCAGAUCACAUCCCACAACUCAGAGAGUUGAAGAGGUGCUGAAUAAGCUUAAUGGAUUGGAGACAUCAGUUGCACCAACCGCGGAGACAAUUUGUAAUAGUUUGCUCGGGUUGGAGGAGUUACAGAAGUGUAUGGAUGAUCUUAAGUCUACUCAAACUCUUCGGAUACUCUCCCAACACCAACAUGUUAAAUGGUUUGAGGAGUUAUUGGGGAAUUCGAUUAGGAUUCUUGAUGUUUGUGGCACUACAAGGGAACUAGUCUCUCAGUAUAAGGAAAACAUAAGAGCUCUUCAAUCCUCAUUCAGAAGACGAAAAGGAGAUUCAAGUGCAGAAGCUGGAAUUGCAAGAUUCACCAGUUUCAGCAAGAAAAUGAAGAAGGACACCAAAAGAUUAGUCUUGUCCUUGAAGCAAGUGGAUUGUGAGACUCUCCCCGCAACAUUCGUGGAAGCAGAUCAGGAGACAAUAGCUGUGAUUAGAGCACUAAGGGAAGCCAAUGCAGUUUGCAUUUUGAUUUUCCAAAUGCUCUUGUCCUUCUUGUCUAUGCCACUUUUGAAGCCGAAGCACCCAAAAUGGUCAUUGGUUUCAAAACUGAUACACAAUGGAAGAAAAGAACUUGAAGGCCUAGAAAACAGUACGAACAUGGAAACAAAAGUAAAGACUUUUGAGGCUCAACUUGACAGCAUUGAGAAGAGAUUAGAAGGAGCAUUCAGGAGCCUGAUUAGAUCGAGAAGCUCGCUCCUGAAUGUUUUCUCCAGCUAAUCUGGAAGUUCCUACACCAUUAAUUAUAUAGUAGUUCACCACAUUUUGUAAAUGGAUAAUUUUGUACUUACGCUAGAAAUAUAUAUUACACGAAUUGAAAGACUAUACUCAAAUUAGAAAAGGUAUUUUUCUGAAUUCCAAGUGAAUAAUGCAGACCAGAAUCUAUUUUCCUGCCA